UUCUGGACCGGGAACUUUGGGACGACAAAGUAACGCCACAAGAGGAGAAAGCACAGUACGUCGUCACUUACCGGGCUUCCGUUCGUCCAGCCUCUAACUACAUAAAUGCGACUCCCCAUCUUCAAGCUUCCGCUUCAUGUUCCCACCCAUCACUUUGAUUACCAGAAGUCAUAAUUCUUUUUGAACAAUACUCGAUAGCAACACUUACACCUACCACCAUGAGAGCUGCAAGAUAUUACGGCAAGGAAGACAUCAGGAUCGAACAGGUUCCAGAGCCAUCAUGUGGCCCUAAUCAGAUCAAAAUUGCCCCGGCAUUCGUCGGUAUCUGCGGGACUGAUCUCCACGAAUACCUCGGUGGCCCCAACUUCUGCCCCUCCUCUAAGCAUCCCGUCACAGGCGACCAAAUUCCGGUGACGCUCGGCCACGAGUUCUCUGGCAUCAUCAAGGAGAUAGGCUCAGAUGUCAAGCAGGAGCAUCUCAAAAUCGGCCUCCCUUGCGCUGUGCAGCCCACGAUUUACUGCGGCAAGUGUGCGGCCUGCAAAGCCGGUGCCGAGAAUGCAUGCCACACCGGCGGCUUCAUCGGACUCAGCGGCGGGGGUGGCGGCUUGAGUGAGGCGGUGUCGGUGCCCGCGGAUCAGGUCUUCCCUUUGCCCGAGGGCAUCCCUCUCGAGCUUGGUGCCUUGGUGGAGCCGCUUUCGGUAGCUUGGCAUGCCGUCUCUGCCACUACCGUCACACCCGAGUCCAACGUUUUGGUGAUGGGAGGAGGACCGAUAGGGCUGGCUGCUGUCUUGUGUUUGAAGGCGAAGGGAGUUACGAAUAUCAUGGUUGCAGAAAUUGCCACGGCCCGGCAAAGAUUCGCGAAGGAGUUUGGAGCAGCGCAUAUCAUUGAUCCUAAGAGCCAAGACGUUAUGGAGGAGGUGAUGAAUAUUACUGGUGGCAUUGGCGCUGAUGUCACACUUGACUGCGCAGGCGUACCGGCUAGCGUGAAAGCUGCGUGCAUGGCCGUCAAGACACGCGGCACGGUUGUCAAUGUCGCAAUCUGGGAGAAGGAAAUCCCCUUCAACCCGAAUUGGGUAACGUGGAGAGAAAGCUCGUAUAAGUCGGUACUUGGAUAUCAGAAAAAGGAUUAUCAGGCCGUGAUUGAGAACUUGAGAACAGGAGCCCUCAAGCCUGCCUCCAUGAUCACGAGGAAGAUUCCUUUGGACGAUCUUGUAGAGCAUGGUAUCAAGGCGUUGAUUACGGAUAAGGACAACCAAGUAAAAGUUUUGGUUGAUGUUGGCGCUUCUCUAUGAGAUGUUAUGGCACGGCAUUACAAGUUGAGAUUGCGAGAGCCUUCGGAGGGGGAUAUCCACUAAUGCUUUUCCGCUAUGCUUGUACUAGGUAUUUGGAUCGUAUCAAUUGAUGAUAAUGAAAUCUGUCUCA